GAAACUUGACAGUUGAGUGUCAAGAAGAUAGCUUCUACUCGAACGGUGAUGAUAUCGAGAAUAUUUAGACAAACUAGAUCAUUCUCUAGCACAAAUGCACUCCCAAGUGGACACAACAAAUGGAGCAAAAUCAGACAUCAUAAAGGCGCGGCUGAUAAAGCUCGUUCGAAAGUCUUCGCAAAAAUGGCUUUGGAUAUCUCAGCUGCUGUCAAACUAGGCGGUGGCGCUACAGAUCCUGCACUUAACGCAAGACUAUCGAAUGCACUCGCUAAAGCUAGAAGCUUGUCCGUCCCAAAAGAUAACAUAGAAGCUGCGAUAAAGAGAGGUGACGCUGGUGCAGUCGAUAAAGGCCAUAGCGUCACUUAUGAGGCUUUAUUAGCCGACGUUGGUCUUAUCAUUGAAUGUCAAACUGCGAACGUAACGCGAUGUAAUCAUUCAGUCAAGACAAUACUAGCCAAACACGGUGGUAGAAUGGCGUCCUGUGGUUAUUUAUUCUCUCGAAAAGGCGUUAUCAAUCUCGAACUACAAGAUAGUGCUUCCUUUGAUACACUCUUUGAAGAUUCUAUUGACGCAGGUGGUGAAGAUAUAGUACAGAAGGAUCACAAUCUUGUUGAAAUAAUCACGGAUCCAUCUCAACUAACUCGCGUGGCUGAGAGCCUCAUUGAAAAAGGAUAUACACUAAGCUCCUAUGAUCUUGCAUAUAUUCCUGUAUCUGGGGAACGGCAGGAAAUAGACGAUGAGAUUAGGGAAACACUAACGAACUUGAUAGAUACACUAGAAGAGGACAGUGAUGCUGUAGAUGUGCACACUAACUCCACUCUGUAACCAUAGAAAAUAAAUGCAUUAGACCCUAGAUACAGUAGCGGUUAUCAAACCAGAUGGGAAUUCAGUAGGAAGGAGAACGUCAUUCGUUGCUCCUUUCUCCUGAUAGAAUGUCAAAUCGAUUGGAAUGUAAUGCUUGUUUGGCAAUUUGUAGCUGACAUCUUUGACUAAGUCAUUCUGCUCUAUUAUUCUCUCUGCCAUGGUAUAGAGUGUCGUUUGCACGCUUUCACUAAAAUCAACAGCGAAAGUGUCGAGCGUGACGUUGCGAACGCUCUCUGCGAUAUCGUCUAACGGAGUCUUAGCUACAUCUGCAAUUGUGAAACACCUGCUGUUGGCUUGUGGAAUUACCAGCGAAUAACUGCAAUCGACGAUGGUACUGAAGACUCUAUCGUCUGUCUCUCGAAGAGUUGUGAACUCAUCAUUAAUGAAGUUAUUAAAGGAAGACCCCGUCGAUUUGAGCAAGAAUACAUCUUUCAAACCAGCUUUCAAAUCUAUCGUGAUAUUAUCUACACCCCCGCUUGCAUCGACGAUUGCGUUUACGACUCUCUUGUCAUCUCCAUCUCGCCUGAAACUAUGUCCAUGUGGUUGACCAUUCUCGCUCGUCGGACAAAUACGUGUCCAGCGAUGUUUCAAAAGAUCAACGUGCGCCUUCUUAAUAUGUGAAUAUUUUGUGACGAAAUGUAAGCCUAAUUCUAAAGCAAAUGUCUCCGGUUGGAGUACAUGUUGAGAAUUUUGUGCAAAUACAUUUAUCGUAUUCUUUAUUGAGUCCGUAGUAACGAUUACUGAGUUAUCUGCUUCUGUGUAUGAAGCGGAUAUAUCACCUUCUAAUAGAACUGUAAUAGUGUACUCUGCAAUUUCGUGCCAUUGAUCAUUUCGCACAAUACGCAGUAUUUUCACACCGUCUUUUCCGUACUUUGCUGUCGUUAAUGUUGAUUUCUGUAAUUUAAGAGUCAUUGUUGUA